UUCUACUUUCUUCUUUUCACAAAUCACCUGAAAAGGAAUAAGUAGAUUGAGAAACACAGAUUUCCUGUUCUCGAAAACUAGGAGACUUCUGUCACCCUGAACCAAAAAAUAAGAGGGGCUGCCAAAUACAAUGAAGUGAAAAUGCCUCGUGUAAAAGCAGCUCAAGCUGGAAGACAGGGCCCUGCAAAGAGACGUCUUGCAGAACAAUUUGCAGCUGGGGAGGUAAUCACCGACUUGGCAAAAAAGGAAUGGAAACUAGGAUUACCCAUUGGCCAAGGUGGCUUUGGUUGUAUAUAUCUUGCUGAUAAGAAUUCUUCAAAAUCGGUGGGCAGUGAUGCAUCCUAUGUUGUAAAAGUGGAGCCCAGUGACAAUGGACCUCUUUUUACUGAACUCAAGUUCUACCAGCGAGCUGCCAAACCAGAGCAAAUUCGGAAAUGGAUUCAUACCCAUAAACUGAAGUACCUGGGUGUUCCUAAGUAUUGGGGGUCUGGUCUACAUGAUAAAAAUGGAAAAAGUUACAGAUUUAUGAUCAUGGAUCGCUUUGGGAGUGACCUUCAGAAAAUAUAUGAAGCAAAUGCCAAAAGGUUUUCUCGGAAAACUGUCUUGCAGCUAAGCUUAAGAAUUCUGGAUAUUCUGGAAUAUAUUCACGAGCAUGAGUAUGUGCACGGAGAUAUCAAGGCCUCAAAUCUUCUUCUGAGCUGCAAGGAUCCUGACCAGGUGUACCUGGUAGAUUAUGGCCUUGCAUAUCGCUACUGCCCAGAUGGAAGUCAUAAAGAAUAUAAGGAAGACCCCAAAAGAUGUCAUGAUGGCACUAUUGAGUUCACCAGCAUCGACGCGCACAAUGGCGUGGCCCCAUCAAGACGUGGCGACCUGGAAAUACUCGGUUACUGCAUGGUCCAGUGGCUCAGCGGCCACCUGCCCUGGGAGGAUAAUUUGAAAGAUCCUAACUAUGUUAGAGAUUCCAAAAUUAGAUACAGAGAAAAUAUUGCAGGUUUGAUGGACAAAUGUUUUCCUGAGAAAAAUAAGCCAGAUGAAAUUGCUAAAUACCUGGAAACAGUGAAAUUGCUGGACUAUGAUGAAAAACCCCUUUAUCAGAAUUUACAAGACAUUCUUUUGCAAGGACUAAAGUCUAUAGGAAGCAAGGAUGAUGGCAAACUGGAACUUGGGGGUUUGGAGAACGGAGCUCCGAAAGCAAGAACGACAACAAAGAAGCGGAAGAAGGAGGCUGAGAAGCACACAGAAGCAGGUGCGGAAGACAUGGAGUGCUCGGACACGCACACGGAGGAAGCCAUGCAGACGCGUUCAAAAAGGAGAAAGAGAGUCCAGAAGUAAACCGCAUGCUGUGAGCCAGUUUUUCUUUUCUUCCUGUCAUUCGGCUUUUUCUUCAUUUUCUGUUGUGCGUGUUUUCAUGUGGGUCUUGUGGGUGGGGGUAACAGGGAAAUACCUGUGUCGUUGAAAAACAAAUUUUUUAUUGGAAUAAAUGCUUUGUACAGUUUAUUAAAGGCUAACUUAUAAAAUUCCAGAAUGUUUAGGUUGCAUGUACUCUUUAAGCUGCCCGGCUGUGGGAAAGGUCUGGGUACUUAGAAGAACUGCUGUGAGGUGCACUUUCCAGUUGUGUGUAUUUCUCAGAGGGUCAAAUGUUUGGCCGAGUCCUUCCUCUUAAGGAAAUGCGAAACUUCAAAUAAAGGGGUCUUUUUGCUUGAUACAAGUUCA